UUCAAAUAUUAAAAUGUCUGUCAGAGCCUUAUAUUAAUCAUAACAAGAAGUUGGUAGAAAUAUUAAAAGGUAAUAAAUAUUACAUAAAUAUUAGCUCAAAAAAAAAGUACACUUGGAAAUUUAGCAUUGAUGAUAAGGAUCACACAAUUGAAUUAUUUGUAUCAGGUUUGUCUGGUAAAAAGAAAGUAGUACAUAAUGGAAAAACUUUGAGAGAAGAAUCAUCGUAUUUCUAAUUUAAUUAUCUAUUAUUUUAGAGUUUUAGGAAGUUUUAAUUAUUCCAUGACCAUUUAAAGUAAUUUAUUAACAAUAUCUAAUAAUGGAGAUUUAUAUGACUUAAGAAUAAAUAACAUGUAAUUUAGUCAUCUUUAUCAUAAUGGUAAUUUAUAAUUUUUAAUUUAGAAAAAACAAAAAAAGAAUUUUAAUUUGAGGAUGGAUAUAAUGAUGGAAAUAAUUAAGAAGAUUAUUAUUCUAAAUUACCAAAACAACCUUCUAAAUAAAACAAACCAUUAUAUAAAGAAGAAGACUAAGGAUAUGAUUUUGGAUUAGUAGAUGGUAUUGAAAGAAUGGCUCCAGGAUAAAGAUUAGAAGAAUAAAAUGAGUUCAAUACUCAUUCUAAUUAUUAAUAAAAAUUAAAUAUUCAAUUUAAACCAAAAGAUGAUCCUUAUGCUAAAUUUAAUGAACCUAAACCUUAAUAAAGACAAACACAAUCAUUUUCUUAAAAACCAUAGCAACCAUAAGCCUAAUUUAAUUAACAAUAAAUUAAGAAUGAUUUUGCAGAUUUUGGAAACUUUCCAAAACCUCAAGCUCCAACCACUAGUGAUAAUGUUUUUAGCAAUUUUGGUUUUGGAUUCAAUGAAACUCAACAAUAACAAACUAAACCGCAAUAAUAAGCUUAAAAUUAAUUUUAAUAAGACUUUUUUAAAUAAAAUUCUUUUGGAGAUUUUUAACAACCAAAUCAAGCAUUUUUCUAACCACCUAUUCAAUAAUAAUAAUAAUAAUAACAACAAUACUAAUAAUAAUAACCAUAAUAAUAAUAAUAAUAAUAAUAAUAAUAAUAAUAAUAAUAAUAAUAAUAAUAAUAAUAAUAAUAAUAAUAAUAAUAAUAAUAAUAAUAAUAAUAAUAAUAAUAAUAAUAAUAAUAAUAAUAAUAAUAAUAAUAAUAAUAAUAAUAAUAAUAAUAAUAAUAAUAAUAAUAAUAAUAAUAAUAAUAAUAAUAAUAAUAAUAAUAAUAAUAAUAAUAAUAAUAAUAAUAAUAAUAAUAAUAAUAAUAAUAAUAAUAAUAAUAAUAAUAAUAAUAAUAAUAAUAAUAAUAAUAAUAAUAAUAAUAAUAAUAAUAAUAAUAAUAAUAAUAAUAAUAAUAAUAAUAAUAAUAAUAAUAAUAAUAAUAAUAAUAAUAAUAAUAAUAAUAAUAAUAAUAAUAAUAAUAAUAAUAAUAAUAAUAAUAAUAAUAAUAAUAAUAAUAAUAAUAAUAAUAAUAAUAAUAAUAAUAAUAAUAAUAAUAAUAAUAAUAAUAAUAAUAAUAAUAAUAAUAAUAAUAAUAAUAAUAAUAAUAAUAAUAAUAAUAAUAAUAAUAAUAAUCAUAAUAAUAAUAACAACAACAAUAAUAAUAAUAAUAUUAAUAAUAAUAAUAGCUGAUUGAGUAAUAAAAAGCUAAACUAAUGCCUUAAACUAAUUUAUUAGAUUUUGAAGAUGACAAACCAUAAUAAUAAUAAUAAUAAUCAACAAUUGCUUAAUAAUAACCAACAUAUUAACAAUAAUAAUAGUAAAUCCAAAAUUAAGUACCUUAAUUAAACUUCUAAUAUGCUUAACCUCCUCAAUAAUAAUAAUAACAAUAAAAAGUAUUACCAUAGGAUUUAUUGGAUGCUUUUGAUGAUCCUGAACCAGUUGUAUAAUAAUAAAAUCCACAAUAAUUACCAUAGUUCAAUAUUACUUCUUUGUAUUAAUAAUAAUAAGUAAAUAUUCCAAUUCAAUCAUCUAUUACAACAUAAUCCCCUCCAUAAUAAUAAUUUGUAAUUAUAUUUUUUUAUAAUCCAAUAGAAGUAAAGUCUACCAAACUAAUAUCAACCUUAACCAUUCAAUCAAAUGCCUUAGCAACCAUACUAGAAUCCUUAAAUUUCAAUUACCUAAUUAUAUAAUCAACCAUAAGCCUAAGUAAACAUGAAUAUACCAGUUUAAAUAAAUGUAAAAACUUAAUCAACUCCGUUUGAUGAUGUAUUUUGAAAUAAUAUAUACAGAAAAUUGGC